CAUAGCUAUGCCCUGUGCCUGACCCUGUGCCUGACCCUGUGCCUCGGCUUUGCUUAUCGUUCCGAACCUCCGGGUCCAAGAGUUGCACAAUUCUCGCGUUUUUUUAUCCUCUUUUCUUAAGCCCUCCUUUCCAAGUGCUCGACCACCCUCCUCUGUUACCUCCGUUUCGCGCCGCUUUGGGUUGUCGCGAUCCUUGUUCUGCUCCUUACCGCGGUUCGCCAUCGCAUCUACGACUCCCUCCACGGACUUCGACCUCCGCGCUCGUCCUCAUCGUCGAAUAAACCAAACCUCCCGAGGCGCAUAGGGGCUUAGGUCUCCUGGGAUCAUCGCACAAUGGUAGCGGCAUUAUCAAAACCAGCCGUCACGGUGGCUGACCUGGACCGCACCCCGGUGCGCGUCGUCCGUCUUCUCCGGUUAGGUCUGGCAAGUGGUGUCGCAUUCGCCGCGUGGAAGAUCCAAUGGAGAUUGGGGUUGGGAAAGUUCUUUACCGGGCCGGGCAGCAUCAGCCGCAUCUUGCUCCUCUUCUUCGUCCUUUCUAACUGGAAGAACAUGCCAGGUGUCUGGACAUACCGCAUCUGGCACGCCAUCAUCUACCACUGCUUCAUCCGCAAGUCCCCGAAGCUGGGUCCCCGCGCCCUCUUCCGCCCUAUGAUCACCGAGACGCACGCCCCCCUGACGGAAAUCGACUACAACAUGCACAAGUCCAACUCGACCUACUUCUCCGACCUCGACAUCGCCCGCACCCACCUCGUGACCCACCUCCUCCGCCCCGGUCUUCGUCGCCUCACCCACAACACCCAGACGGGCCUCGUGCUCGACGAAGAGACCGGCAGGGCCCGCCGCGGAAGGAUGGGCAUCAUGCUCGGCGCCGUCCACUGCUCUUUCCGCCGUGAGAUCAGCGGCUACCGCGGCUACGAGAUGUGGUCGCGCGUCCUAGCCUGGGACCGCAAGUGGCUCUACAUGGUCACCCACUUCGUGCCACGCGGCGUCGCCCGCCCAACCGAGUACCUCGACGUCAAGUUCGGCGCCCUCCGCACUCGCAAGGGCAAGGCCGCUGGCAAGGACAGCACCGGCAGCGGCACCAACGAGACGGCCGACGCGGGCGCCGCCUGGGAGAAGAAGAUCCACGCCACGGCCGUGAGCAAGUACGUCUUCAAGCUGGGCCGCUUCACCGUCCACCCGUCCUACAUCCUCGAGGCCAGCGAGGUCCUGCCGGCCCGCCCCGGCGGCUGGCGCAGCGGGCCCAACGCCGUCGGCGAUGAGGACGUCGACCUCGACGACGUCGCGGAUGACGGCACCUGGGACUGGAAGAUGGUCGAGAAGAGGCGCCGGGCGGGCAUGGAGUUCGCCCAGCAGUUCGCUAACCUCGACACGCUCGAGAAAUGGUUCGACGGCGGUGACGGCGGUGACGGCAGCGCAUUGGGUCGCUUCGGCCUGAGCGCUGCUGCUUGGUAAUUUCGCCCAGGAUGCAACAUACUAUGCAUGGGUUUCAUCGACCUUUUUUUCUUUUUUUUUUUUUCCUUUUUUCUUGUACAUUUCUUCAUUUUGUUUAUCGGUGGGCUGCUUACAUAUAGGGCCUAGGCAUGCACUAUAGGGAUAGAGGCUUUUCGAAAGCCGGCGCGUUACGGAUAGAUAUUAUAUUAGAUUCACCAUAUCA